UCUUCAUCAAGCCAAAAGAGAGGAACAAAAAUGCUUAGAGAAGCUCUCAUCUCCGACGGUAUCCAUAAGUCUUCUGCAAAUCUAGAAGUUUUCAUCUUCGGUGGUGAUCCGCAAGCCUUCCAUGUAUUAUUCGUGAUGAAAUCCCAUCAACAGGAUGACAGACCUGGUAUAAACUUGGGAGGAUCAACACGAAUGGAAUCAAAUCUUUGUUUGCCUCCUUGGCCAGAACUUCUAAUGAGGAAUGAGAAGAGUAUGAAGGAUGUAGAGCUGAUACUAAAAAUAUGCAUUACCGGCAUACACUUGCAUUUGCACAGAGAAGGAAAUACUGGAUCAUCGAGAAUAGGUCCCGACAGAUGAUUUAAGAAUGGAUUACGUAAGUUUACAAUUGAUUUCCUUUUAAUUUGAUUUUGAACCAUUUUGUAUUGAAUAAUAUAAUGGUGUAAUUGACUUGCUUGCCAAAAAACUUUGAUUAUUUGCUGCUAAUAAUUAUAUCGGUAAGAUUUAAAUUUUCAUGUUUAUGAUUGAAUUGAUGAACUACGUCUUUGUCUUUAGUUAUAAUAGAUAUAAUUACUAAAUUUGAUGAACUAUGUACUUUGUAUAUAUAAGAGUGUUAUUCUUCUUUGCUCUUGAAUCUUAAAGUGCAUAUUUGAUGAGAUUGUGAGAAAACUAGCAUUUAACAAUUGUUUGACAAAAAGUUCUACCAUCAUUUGAAGAAAAAAGAAAUGUUUAGAUCGUCACAUGAUUUAUCAGAACGCCACUCACGAGUUGUUUUACUAUAGAAGAGUUGUUCCAAUAUGCGUUCCCUUAUUUCUUCAUACUUCUCCUUUGUAGGUACGUACCGCCAUUUGAAACAUUUAGCACAUUGCACAUCGAAUGCACCUACAGUUGGCAAAGCCCUAGAUUUAUAAUUUGGUGAGGAGUUUCUUCGAUCACGGAGAGGUUUAACGUCAGUAGCAGCAGCAAUGACAACAGGAUCAUAAAGCACCAACUCAAAAGGAGUUUCUUCGAGCAUGGAGAGGUUUCCUUUUGAGUUGGUGCUUUAUCAUCCUGCUGCCGCUGAUGCUACUGACGUUAACCUCUCCGUGCUCGAAGAAAAUCCUUCCCAAAUUAUACAUCUAGGGCUUUUCCAUCUGUACGAACAUUCGAUGUGCAGUGUGCUAAAUGUUUCAAAUGGCGGUACAUACCUACAAAGGAGAAGUAUGAAGAAAUAAGGGAACACAUAUUGGAACAACCCUUCUAUUUGGAAACAACUCGUGAGUGGCGUUCUGAUUAAUCAUGUGAUGAUCUUAAUAUUUCCUUUGUCUUCAAAUGAAGGUAGAAUUGUUUGUCAAACAAUUGUUAAAUGCUAGUUUUCUCACAAUCUCAUCAAAUGUGCACUCUAAGAUUCAAGAGCAAAGAAGAAUUACACUCUUAUAAAUACAAAGUACGUCGUUCAGUAAAUCCAGUAAUUAUAUCCCUUAUAAAGUCAAGGACGUAGUUCCUCAAUUCAAUUAUAAAUAGGAAAAUUUCAAUCUUACCCGUAUAAUUAUUAGCAACAAACAAUCAAAGGAUUGUUGAGACACAUGCCAUUAUAUUAUUCAAUACAAAGUGGUUUAAAAUCAAAUUAAAAGGAAAUCGAUCAUAUACUUGUUUAAUCCAUUCUUCAACCAUCUGGACGAGACUUAUUCUUGACAAUCCAGUUUUUCCUUCUUUGUGCAAAUUGAUGGAUAUAAAUUAUUCAUGUAAUUUCGGGAUAUAAAAGUAAGAUUUCAAAUUAAAACAUGAAUAAAUAUAUCCUAUUCUCGCAUUUUUCUAACAAAUCUUGGAGGAAAAGAAACACAUGAAAAAGGAGAAAUGAAAAAGCUAAAAAUCAAAGAAAAGAAGAAGAAAGCUACUUUGGCCAAUAUGGAAGAUGUCAUCUUGCCAAUAUUGUGAGAAAUGAAGUCACUUUGCCCAAAGUAAUCUCAUUUACUUUGGCCAAAGUAAUCACACUUACUUUGGGAAAAGUAGAAGCAAUCAAAGGGGCAUUCUUGUUGCUAUAAAUGGAGACAUCUUUUGUCUGAAAAGAUCAUCCAAUUGUAAGAAGAACAAGAACUAUUCUUGGUCUCUCUCUAGACUUUUUCUCAUAGUAAUAAUAUUUUUUUAGUCUUUUUAAAUAUUUCUAGUCUUCUAAAAAUUCUUUUUUAGUUUUCUUACUCCAUAAUGGAGUAAUCUCUUUUUGUUGGGAUAGUUGAUGAAGUUUGAAAUAUAUAUAUAUAGUACUACCUUGGUCUUAA